UCACAGCUUUUCAUUCAGUUGCCUAUAAUGACACAACCCUUAUUCCAAAAGACCGAAAUAGACAGGCUUACAUGAGCUUGAGAGAAAACAUCAAUAUCACUCUUGCACAAGGAGAAAUAAUCGAUUAUAACACUAAAGGGAUUGACAGUGAAGAUAGAGAUCAUCUUCUUGGAGAACGUAAAAGUGCGUACAAUGUUGAGCAUAUGAACCCUACCCUGGAAAAGUACAUUCGUGUAGAGAAAUCUCAUUUCAGGCCACGCUACAUUCUCACAGUCAUCUGUCCCUUCCUGUCAAUCCUGUUCAUAGGACUUUUUAGAGGCAAUAACACGAUAGAUUCGAUCGUUGGUGUGGAAGUAUGAAGCGCAUGGUACUUCAUCCUGCUUGGAGUCCAAGUUAUUGUCCUUGCCUUGCUUGGCCUUAUCAAUGUCCUCAUUCUCAGAAAAGAGUACCGAGAGAAGAUAGAAUGAGGAUAUCAAUUUGUAUCAGGAGACGUUAUAUGGGAUGACAACACUACUACCAAAUUUGUGAUCUUUGCCCUAAUUGCUGGCUUCGUCUCUGGAUCAGUAGGCUUCAGUAGAGGUGUCUUGUUUACUCCAUUGUUUAUUGACUUUGGUAUUCCUCCUACUGUGGCUUCUAGCACAUCUAUGUAUAUGGCUACUUUUGCUACUUUGAGCAGUAGUAUUCUGUUUAUGAUGAGCGGAUACAUUAUUUAUGAUGUGGUGUUCUAUCUCAGUGCUUUUGCCAUUAUAGGAACUAUCCUGGGAACUACUAUUGUAAGUCAAAAGAUUAGGAAAUCAGGUAAUGUGGCAAUACUCAUCUGGCUGAUUGCUACAGUAAACUUGCUUAGUUGUAUCGCAGAGAUCAUAGUUGGAAUAGUCAGAAUAAUAGACAAGAAUAACAGAAAAGAUGAGAUCUGGGAUUUCACAACUCCUUGAUAA